AUGUCUCCGAUGAUGCUCGACCACACCAGCAGUGACGAUUCAACGAACAAACGCAAAACGUUCAGAGUAACGCCGGCAAAACCCAACGAUGUUCGACGACUGGUGGAUAUUGAGUUCCACGCCUUCGAAAACGAACGAGUCAAUCAAGUCCUAUCAUACCGAGACUACAAGAAGCCGGCCCAUUUCGAGCGAAGUGUUAAGAUAUAUCAACAAGCACUGAAUAGCGCGCAAUCCCCUCAGGCCAACAAGAGGCGUCUGUCCGGCAGCAUGGUGCACGCGGAGUCAAACAGCGACACCGUCAGCUUCAGGAAAGUGGUGGACAGCAAGACCCAAGAACUCAUCUCGUUUACGAAAUACGAAAUGAAACAAUACACCGAGGACGAGCUCGCCAGCCCUGCAGAUAUCGGCCACGAGGGCGAACCAAAGAUGAACAGAGACUGGUUCGCUCUCAACGAGCGACUUCGCCGCGAAUACAUCGGCACCCAGAAACAUUGCUACAUCGGCAUGCUCGCCACCGAACCCCGCCACCAACACAACGGCGCCGGCACCCUGCUCCUCGAACAAGUCCUCGCCGAAGCCGACGAUGCCGGCGUCGAAACCUACCUCGAAGCUACCGAUACUGCGAAACCCUUUUACGAACGACAUGGGUUUGAGAUCAUCACGGAGUUGAGGUUUGAUCCGGCGGGGUAUGGGGUCAAGGGUCUUGGGGUUGAGAGGCAGACCGUGAUGGUGAGGGGCGCGUUGGGACGGACUGGGGAGAGAGGCUCGGCGAGGGGGUGGGAGGAUGCAGUGAAGACGAAGCGGGAAUGA